AAGAAUACUGAUAAGACUGCUAUGGACGCUGCCUCCGGCCACGUGCAAGAUCAACCGUUGGGCAGGCGCUGAGGGGUAGUGAUGGUACACAGUUGCAGUAGCAACAGCGUAUGCUCGCGGUGUGAUGAGGAGGAGAACAACAUGGUGGGCAGGUGAGCAUGCGUGAAAAUGCCCAUCACGGUGAACAGCGCCAGUCUCGACAAGAGGCACGCGACAUCGACCCUCGUGCCCGCUUCUGUUGGCUCACGGGCGACGGCAGCCGAAUGGCGACAGCACCUGCCAUCCCACUGCUUUUUCAUUGGCCCGCAUCCUGCACGGGUAACUCGCGGCAGCAACAGACCGUUACGACCCACGUGCCUAUUAUCAGCUCGUUCAGGCGGUGCGCUUCUUCUCGUUCCAAUUCAACCUUCAAACCAUUAUCUUGCAGCGGCAACAUCACCGCUUCCUCAUUUCAACACCGAUCACGGGCGGAGGUGCUGGUAAGGCAGAUAUGCAGAUGUUUGACCACCUAAAGUAGCUUUGCCGUGUUGGAGUACCUCCGGGGAAAUGAGCACGUGGUCGCGACCUACUACGCCACACGAGCAGCGCGACCUUGUUUAGUCAAA